CAGAAGUGUUUCCCCACCAAAGUCACUUUCAUGAUUUUGACAUAAAUUUGAGAAAAAAAAAAACAACACUUCAAUGGAAAAGUCAUCACUUUGAUUCACUGAGCUCUUGAUAUUUUUUUCUUUGGUGAAAAAAAAAAAGUCUGAUUUCUACCUCAUCAAAGAGAGAGAUGAUCUAAUAAGGUUGCUAAAAGAUAAAUCUUUUUACAUGGGUCUUAUUUUGGUUGGUAGUUAGCUUAAAUGGGUGUUUUGUUAUCUUCUUUGAAUCAUCAGUUUUCAUUUUCAACUUCAAUUGGCUGAUUUGUCUGAUUAUAUUCUCUUUCUUUUGUUGUGGUGGAGCUUUCUUUCUUUGAUGGAUUAAUGGUGGGGUUUAAGUUGGUAAAGCUUUAAAUUGAAAAAAGUUUAGAUCUUGUAUUUCAAGUGUUUGAGAAAAUGAUUUAGAGAAGAUUUCAAGGUGUUUUAGGAAUUGGGUUUAUUAUGCAAUAUGGAUAGUAACAAGAACAAGACUAUAGUUUGGUUCAGAAGGGACCUAAGGAUUGAGGAUAAUCCUGCUUUGGCUGCUGCUGCUAGGGAAGGUAGUGUUUUUCCUGUGUUUAUAUGGUGUCCUAAAGAGGAAGGACAGUUCUAUCCAGGUCGAGUUUCGAGGUGGUGGCUGAAACAAUCUCUUGCCCAUUUGAAUAAGUCUCUGAUCUCACUUGGGGCUGAGCUUGUUCUUAUUAAAACGUCAAGUACUUUGGAUGCUCUCUUGGAGUGUAUCAAUGCCGUUGGAGCUACUAAAGUGGUGUUUAACCAUCUUUAUGAUCCCGUUUCUCUUGUUCGUGAUCAUAACAUCAAAGAAAAACUGGUAGAGUUAGGCAUUUCUGUGCAGAGCUACAAUGGAGAUUUGUUGUUUGAGCCAUGGGAAGUGUAUGAUGAUAGUGGAAAUGCAUUUACUACCUUUGAGGCAUAUUGGGAGAAGUGUUUACAAAUGCCACUUGAACCUGUUUCGAUUCUUCCUCCAUGGAAAUUGUUACCAGCUUCAGGAACAAUGACAAAGUUUUCGAUCAACGAAUUGGGUCUAGAGGACGAUUCAGAAAAAUCUAGCAAUGCCCUUCUAGGAAGAGCUUGGUCACCAGGGUGGAGCAAUGCCGAUAAGGCUCUAAAUGAAUUUAUUGAGGAGAAUCUUCUUGACUAUUCAAACAAUAGGUUAAGUGUUGGAGGUAACAACACAUCACUUUUGUCUCCAUACCUUCAUUUCGGGGAAUUAAGUGUGAGAAAAGUUUUCCAAUAUGCAAGAAUGAAGCAGAUACUAUGGACUAAUGAAGGGAACUCGGUUGGCGAACAAAGUGUAACUUCAUUCAUCAGGGCUAUCGGUUUGAGAGAAUACUCACGUUAUCUUUGUUUUAAUUUUCCUUUUACACACGAAAGAUCACUUCUGAAUAACUUGAAAUAUUUCCCAUGGCAACCUAACGCUGCUCAUUUUAAGGCUUGGAGACAAGGCCGAACUGGCUACCCUUUGGUUGAUGCUGGAAUGAGAGAGCUUUGGGCAACUGGGUGGAUGCACAACAGGAUUAGAGUGAUUGUGUCGUGUUUCGCUGUGAAAGUUUUGCUUAUUCCUUGGAGAUGGGGUAUGAAGUACUUCUGGGACACACUUUUGGAUGCAGACUUGGAAAGUGAUAUUCUUGGGUGGCAGUAUAUAUCAGGGAGUAUACCGGAUGGCCAUGAACUCGAACGUUUGGAUUGUCCAGAGGUUCAAGGCUCAAAAUUUGACCCUGAAGGCGAAUAUGUGAGGCAUUGGCUACCGGAGUUAGCACGAUUGUCCACUGAGUGGAUUCAUCAUCCGUGGGAUGCACCCGAAUCUGUGCUCAAAGCUUCAGGAGUAGAGUUGGGUUUGAACUAUCCAAGACCAAUCAUUGAUAUUGACUUGGCUAGAGAACAUUUGACUAAAGCUAUAAGGAAGAUGUGGGAACUUGAUGCAGCUUCAAGGGGUUCGGGAUCAAAUGCUGCAGCAGAUGAAGAAGUUUUUGAUAACUCUGAUCGUGUUGAAACCAUGGCCAUUCCGAAGGUGGUCUUAAAGGGAAGAGCUCCACCUUCAUGUUAUACUAAUUCAUCUAAUGAUCAAAGGGUUCCAUCUUUUCAAAACUUAAAGAAUACUAAUAAUAAGAAGAGGCCGAAAAGUAUACAAGAGGAAAAUCCGGAGAAUCUCUUGAAAGACGGGAUCUCAAGAGCUGAUGAAGACUUGUGCUCCACAGCCGAAUCUUCGGCUGCAAAAAAGCAGACAACCAGUAGUAGAAAUUCAUUUUAUGUUCCUGAUUCAUUUUCCAUGUCAAUAGGAAAUGCUUCUCAAUGCGAAACAUCUGACCUGAUGCGAACAGAGCAAGAACAGGACGACAUGGAACAACACAACCCGAGCAUAGAUGGCUUUGGUAAUACAGUUUUUGUUAUGCAUCAUACUACAGCUGAUGCAACAAGCGUGCAGAUGCAACAUAUAUUCUCUGAGAGGGGUGGAUGUUGAAAAUACAAACUAAUGAUGUCCUUCUUUGCAAAAGGACAACUACAAGUGAGAGGAGCACACAAGUGAGAGAAGCUACAACCUUUUAGUUUAUAUAUAUAAAAUGAAUUGUGACUUAUGAAAUAUGUAGAUGUGCAUAUGUAAUAUUAUAUAAUAUCUAUGACUAUGACUAUGACUUGUACGAGAGAAUUGGUUUAACUAUGAGCUUCAAACUUGUUAAUAUUAUAAGCCAUGAAAAUUGGAUUUUCUUUUUGACAUGGUUAGAUAGAGAUUAUUGAUUUUACCACAAUAAAGAGCUUUUUCC